UCGUAAAGUAAACUCUGAAAAAUAACCAUUUCUUCUGUAUGAUUCAACGUGAUCACAUCAGUUGUGAACAUUUUUAUCAUUUUUUUUUAUAAUUUUCCGGAUCUACAUAGUUCAUUAUGGCAAAUAAAAAAAAUGUGCUAAAGCGUAAACGAUCGACUAAAAAAAUGGUCACUAAGACACUUGCACUUAGACGAUCUAAAAAACCAAGUGGUGUUGUUGAGGACAGAGAUCCUGAAGAAUCUUCAUUUCAAAUUCGAUUCAACGAUAUUGAUCAAAAUUCGAGUGAACCUAGUACCUCCACUGGCUCUAUUAAUGACGUAGAAAUUGAAAACAUAAACUUUGUUACACCAAUCCAGUUUACUUCGACACCUGUUCCCAAAGUUGACCCAAUUGUUGAAUGUAAUCAAUCUUUUAAUUUAAAUGAUAUUGAAUCCUACAUAUUACCAUGUGUUGAGGAAAAUAGUAAUACUGAGGUUCUUGCUGACCAUUUAUCGGGUAGACGAAUUGUAGAUGUUGAUUAUAUUUUUAAACAAAUCCAAAACAGUUCACAUGGUAGUGGACUAGACUGUUCUUUUUUGAAUAUGUCUUUUGUCUCAGAAAAACGUUAUGGUUUUUUUUCCAAAUUCAAAUUUCAAUGUAAAAUGUGCAACAUUGUAACAGUUAUUUCUUCAGAACCAUCUGAUAAAUCAUAUCUUCCCAUAAAUAAAGCCGUAACAAAUGGAAGUGUAGCAAUUGGAAUUGGCCAAAAACAACUAGCUGAAUUAUCAGCUGCAAUGGAAAUUCCGUGCAUGGCAAGUACCACUUUUUUUAAAGAACAUGAAAACUUAAGCUCUAGUAUUCAUAACUCAGCGUGGGAGGAAAUACAAAAAGCCGGAGAGGAAGAAAGGAAAUUAGCAAUAGAAGCAGGAGAUGUUGGCGAUGAUGGGAUACCGUUUUGUACCGUUGUAGCAGAUGGACAAUGGUCAAAACGGAGUUAUAAAUCUAAAUACGACGCUUUAUCCGGAGUGGCCACUAUUAUUGGAUACAAAACUAAAAAAGUGCUAUUUGUUGGGAUCAGAAACCGCUUUUGUAUUAUCUGUAGUCGAGCUGAAACAAAAAAUGAAACUCCAGGCAUUCAUACAUGUUUUUUAAACUGGAAAAAAGCAGCCACCGGUAUAGAAUCAGAUGGAAUAGCUGAGGGCUUUUUAAAAAGUGUAGAGCUACACAAAUUGAAGUUCAAUAAGCUUAUUGGUGAUGGUGACAGUAGUGUCACUAAAAGACUUAAAGAAAUUCUACCCUAUGGACCUGAUUAUAUUGUGCAGAAGAUCGAGUGCCGUAAUCACAUGUUACGGAAUUAUAUCCAAAAAUUAACUUUUAUUGCAAAAAAAACUAAUUAUCCUAUCAACUUAAGGCAAUUUAUUUUGAAAAAUAUAUUAAGAUUCCGGACUGCUAUUGUGACAGCAAUAAGACACAGAAAAAAUGAAAAUGUACCAACAGCACAGAAAAUUAAAAAUUUAUCAGCCGACUUAUUUAAUAGUCCGUAUCACAUUUUUGGUGAACAUUCAAAGUGUGACGAUUAUUUUUGUAAAAAAAGACUUCUAGAAGAAGAAAAUUGGGUACAGCGUGCAGAAAUCUGUGGAAUGAUGGUCGAAAUAAAAAAUAUUGUUAAUCGCUUAGUGAUAAAUUCGGAAAGUUUGAUUUUAGACGUAGAUAACAACAUAUGCGAGCAAUUUAACAGCGUUAUAAAUAAAUACAUCGGCGGAAAAAGAAUAAAUUUAUCGCAACGAAAUUCAUACAACACCCGGGUUGAAGCUGCAGUAGUGUCCUUCAAUUCUAAAGAAUACCUGCGAGCAAUAAAUAAAAACGUGAUGAAAAAAAGUCCAGGGAAAUUUAGUAAAUUAUUCUUAAAAGAUGUUGCGAGAAAGAGACGUAAUAAUGCACGAAGACGAGAGUUAUUUCCUUCUAAAAAUAAAAAAAUUAAUAAAAAAUGUGGUCCUGAUGAAAACUAUGGAUUAGCAGAUGAGUUGGUUGACGAUUUAACUCCUGCAGAAUUCAAAAUAAGAAAAGAUAAUUUUCUUAACGAAUUAAAGACCACUAAUCGAGAAAAAUUGGAAAACGAAACCAAAGAUCAAUCGAAAUCCCAACUUUGGUAUUCGGAGAGAAAAAAAAGAAUUACUGCCUCGAAUAUAGGGAAAAUAUGCAAAAUGCGACAAUAUACAUCUUGUAAAAAGAUUGUAUACGACUUGCUCUAUAGUUGCAUAAACAUAAAAAUAAAGGCUAUUGAAUAUGGACGUGUAAUGGAGAUCGAAGCAAAAAACAAAUUUGAAAGUUUAUAUAAUUUGAUAAUUGCACCUGUGGGUUUGUGUGUAGAUGAGAACAUUCUAUAUUUAGCCGCAAGUCCAGAUGGCCUCAUUGGCGAAGAUUCGAUCAUCGAAAUUAAAUGUCCGUUUUCGGCUAGGAAUUUUUCUGAUAUAUUCGAUGCUAUUGACGCAGGAAAAAUUCCUUUUUGUUUUAAAGACAAACAAAACAAUGUUAGCUUAAAAACUAACCAUAAUUAUUAUUACCAAGUUCAGACUCAAUUGCACGUAACCAAAAGAAAAAAAUGUAAUUUUUUUAUUUAUACGGAAAAUUGGUAUUAUAAUGUAUGUAUUACUAUCGAUGAUAACUUUUGGUAUCAAAAAAUACAGUCUCAAAUACAUUUAUUCUAUAAUGAAUGUUUAUUGCCGGAAUUAAUUAAUCCUCAGUUUGGUAAGAGGCAACUAGUUACCGACAUUAUCGAUCCACCGAGAAUUUUAAAAGAACAAGCAGCCAAAAAAAAAUGAUUUAUUUCCAAUAUCAGCAUCUCACCUACCUAUCUAUUACAUGAUGUACAUAUAAAUAUAACGAUGGUUAAGCGCACACAUGUGUUAAGUACAAAUGUAUGCAUUUUUCAGGAAUGGCAUUCAAA